UGCCUUUUCUAGUCAUUGGUAACUUUGUUCGGCAAUGCGCUUUUGGCUUAGAACGAUUUUGCACGUUAGGUGGUACCAUCAUGGGCAAAAAGGAUAAAGGCGACAAGGAGAAAAGAAAAUUCAGGAAGCGUGCUCAGGCUGAUGAUGACGAUGAUGAGGAUGAUACUUUGGGCAAUGAAACACAAGCUAUACCUGCAGCAGCAGGGAAACAAGUAGAUGAGUCAGGGACGAAAGUUGAUGAAUAUGGUGCCAAGGAUUUCCGGCAGCAGAUGUUUUUGAAAACUGAUCAUUCUUCACGACCAAUCUGGGUGGCUCCUGAUGGUCAUAUUUUUCUGGAAGCAUUUUCACCUGUUUAUAAAUAUGCACAAGACUUCUUGGUAGCAAUAGCUGAACCAGUUUGUCGUCCCACUCAUAUUCAUGAAUACAAACUCACUGCUUAUUCUUUGUAUGCUGCUGUAAGUGUGGGUCUUCAGACUUCUGACAUCAUUGAGUACUUGCAGAAACUAAGUAAGACCUCUGUGCCUGAUGGCAUCAUACAAUUCAUUAAACUUUGCACUGUCAGCUAUGGCAAGGUGAAACUAGUUCUGAAGCACAACAGAUAUUUUGUGGAAAGCGCCUUUCCUGAUGUCAUUCAGAAACUGCUGCAAGAUAGUGUGAUUCGAGAGUGUAGACUGAGGAACGCAGAAGGAGAUGAAACAGAACUGAUAACAGAGACCAUCACCAGCAAGUCUGCGAUAUCCAAAAGUGGCUCAGGGAAUGGAGGUCCUUCUUCUGGUCCAGGCACAGAGGGUAAUCAAAAUGUACCUGAGGACAUUUUUAGUUAUUAUGAGCAGAUGGACAAAGAUGAAGAGGAAGAAGAGGAGACACAGACAGUGUCCUUUGAAAUCAGACAGGAAAUGAUCGAAGAGCUUCAGAAACAGUGCAUUACUCUGGAAUAUCCUCUGCUGGCAGAGUAUGAUUUCCGAAAUGAUACUGUGAAUCCAGAUAUCAAUAUUGACUUAAAACCUACAGCAGUGCUUCGUCCUUAUCAAGAGAAGAGCUUAAGAAAAAUGUUUGGAAAUGGUCGUGCUAGAUCUGGAGUCAUAGUUCUUCCCUGUGGUGCUGGAAAAUCUCUUGUUGGAGUAACGGCUGCCUGUACUGUCCGUAAACGCUGCUUGGUCCUGGGGAACUCUUCUGUAUCUGUGGAGCAAUGGAAGGCACAAUUCAAGAUGUGGUCCACUAUUGAUGAUAGCCAGAUAUGUCGGUUUACAUCAGAUGCCAAGGACAAACCCAUCGGCUGUUCUGUAGCCAUCAGCACAUACUCUAUGCUUGGGCACACUACAAAGCGAUCCUGGGAGGCGGAGCGUGUCAUGGAGUGGAUGAAGAGCCAGGAAUGGGGCCUGAUGAUUUUGGAUGAGGUCCAUACUAUUCCAGCCAAAAUGUUCAGAAGAGUUCUUACCAUCGUUCAAGCCCAUUGUAAACUGGGAUUAACUGCUACUCUUGUACGUGAAGAUGACAAGAUUGUUGAUCUGAAUUUCCUGAUUGGGCCAAAGUUAUAUGAAGCCAACUGGAUGGAGCUGCAGAACAGUGGCUACAUUGCUAAGGUGCAGUGUGCAGAGGUUUGGUGUCCUAUGACUCCUGAAUUUUACCGUGAAUAUGUGGCUAUUUCAACGAAGAAGCGCAUCUUAUUGUACACUAUGAAUCCAAAUAAGUUCCGAGCCUGUCAGUUCCUUGUGCGUUUUCAUGAACGUCGAAAUGACAAGAUAAUUGUUUUUGCUGAUAAUGUUUUCGCACUGAAAGAAUAUGCCAUUCGUCUGAAUAAACCAUAUAUUUAUGGACCCACUUCGCAAGGAGAGAGAAUGCAGAUUUUGCAGAACUUCAAACACAAUCCGAAGAUCAAUACAAUCUUCAUCUCGAAGGUGGGAGAUACGUCCUUUGACCUUCCUGAAGCAAAUGUGCUGAUUCAGAUUUCAUCUCAUGGUGGCUCUCGAAGACAAGAGGCACAGAGGCUGGGGCGAGUUCUCAGGGCAAAGAAAGGUAUGGUAGCAGAAGAAUACAAUGCUUAUUUCUACUCUCUCGUAUCGCAGGACACACAGGAAAUGGCAUAUUCCACCAAAAGGCAGCGUUUUUUGGUUGAUCAAGGAUACAGUUUCAAAGUGAUCACUCGUCUUGCAGGAAUGGAUGAAGAGGACUUGAUGUUCUCCACACGAGAAGAACAGCACCAGCUUCUGCAGAAGGUUCUUGCUGCCUCCGACCUGGAUGCAGAGGAAGAGGUUGUUCAGGGGGAGUACAGUGGAAAGGCACAGUUCUCUCGUCAUGCUGGCACAAUGAGCUCCAUGUCUGGUGCAGACGACACUGUUUACAUGGAAUACCAGUCGUCCCGGAGCAAGGCAUCUCUUGGAAAGAACAUUCACCCACUUUUUAAACGCUUUCGCAAGUGACUUCAUAUGCUAUGGCUGUUUAACUGACAGCAAUAAAGGAUUCUGGGAUCAUAACGGGGAAUUCUUUUAUAGAUUUUGAACACAAUUUUUUGUGUUUCAAUAAAAAAGAAAUUAUUGCCCUAA